UCGAGUUCCGCGGGGAAGGAGAGCGGGUGGCAAGGAGACUCCGGGCUGGGGUCGCGGCGGUGAACUGGCAGCAUCUGAUUCUCUGUGGCGUCUGGAUCGCGAGCGGAGUCGGCUCGUCUCACCGAGGGUUCCCGGGACAGGACAGGGUUCUGUGGGUUUUGUUUUAGGGGCGGGGGUGUGAGGAGAAUGGACAGAAUAGUGACUGGGACGUUAAUUGGAGCUUUCCGGAUUCGAAGAGCACACUAUCUUCGGUCGCUCAAUUAGUCUCUCUGCAUUUUUGAAUUUUCAUCUUUGAAACCGGCCAGAGUAUUUGUCAGAAUUUGACCGAAUUCAGGUGUGAGGAUUAGAUCUAGAUGCCUUUUAAUUAGGGCACGCAGUUCAGCCUCUUUUUACGAUGGGAUUUCUGAAGAUCUGUGUACUUAGAAGAAAUGCAUGCACUGCUCUUUGCUUCUGGAGAAACCAAAUUGUAGAGAAACCUUUGGUUAGAAAGAUUACUACUACCUCUCCAAGGAGCACUGUCAUGCCCGCCUGGGUGAUAGAUAAAUAUGGGAAUAAUGAAGUGCUUCGAUUUACUCAGAACAUGAUGCUACCAAUGAUACACUAUCCAAAUGAAGUCGUUAUCAAAGUUCACGCUGCGAGUAUAAACCCUAUAGAUGUUAAUAUGAGAAGUGGUUAUGGAGCUACAGCUUUAAAUAUGAAACGUGAUCCUUUACAUAUUAGAAUCAAAGGAGAAGAAUUUCCCCUGACUCUGGGUCGAGAUGUGUCUGGUGUGGUGAUGGAGUGUGGACUUGACGUGAAGUACUUCAAGCCUGGAGAUGAGGUCUGGGCUGCAGUUCCUCCCUGGAAACAAGGCACCCUCUCAGAGUUUGUUGUAGUCAGUGGGAAUGAGGUCUCUCACAAGCCCAAAUCACUGACUCAUACUCAAGCUGCUUCUUUGCCAUAUGUGGCCCUUACAGCCUGGUCUGCCAUAAACAAAGUUGGCGGCCUCAAUGACAAGAAUUGCAGAGGAAAACGUGUUUUAAUCUUGGGUGCAUCAGGCGGAGUUGGUACUUUUGCUAUACAGGUAAUGAAAGCAUGGGAUGCUCACGUGACAGCAGUUUGCUCUCAGGAUGCCAGUGAACUUGUCAGGAAGCUUGGGGCAGAUGAUGUAAUCGAUUACAAAUCUGGAAAUAUGGAAGAGCAGUUGAAAUCCUUCAAGCCGUUUGAUUUUAUCCUCGACAAUGUUGGUGGAUCCACCGAAACAUGGGCUCUAAAUUUUCUCAAGAAGUGGUCAGGAGCCACAUAUGUGACUUUGGUGACUCCUUUCCUCCUGAACAUGGACCGGUUGGGCAUAGCGGACGGCAUGUUGCAGACAGGCGUCACUGUGGGUUCGAAGACGCUCAAGCAUUUCUGGCAAGGAGUCCAUUACCGCUGGGCCUUUUUCAUGGCCAGUGGUCCAUAUCUGGAUGACAUUGCAGAACUGGUGGAUGCAGGAAAGAUUCAACCAGUUAUUGAAAAAACCUUUCCAUUUUCUAAAGUCCCAGAAGCCUUUCUGAAGGUAGAAAGAGGCCACGCACGAGGAAAGACCGUCAUUAAGGUCGUUUAAAUAAACACUCAGUUUGGCGAUUGUUGGCUUUUGUUUGGCGAGUGCCCGCCGGCCCUUUCCAGAUUAGGCUGUAAGUUCCAGGAGGUAAAUGUCAAGAACACACACCUUUUUGCCAGUAAUUUCCCAUCUUCUGAACUGAGCAGAAACUGUUUUUACAGCCAGGCUAUCACCUUUGCCCGGCGGGGACGGGGGCUUGCCCAUGUCACCUGCCCUGACACAGCCAUGCACUCCUGUUAGCCGAGGUCCUCUGAGCCAAGUUCAAGGGAUACACACAUAAGUGAGAACACAAUGUGGAAAUACCUGCAUUUGGACUUGUCCAUACAGUCAAAGUUGCCUAUUGUUUUUUCAAACUGUUCUUUCACAGAAGAUUUGCGAAUUGUUACAGCAGCUUCUGUUCUAGUAGUACUCAAACUGUUUUAUCAUAUGGAUGGUAUCAUCGUAAGGUGAGAGAUUAAAACUUUGAGCGUGUGGGUGGACAGGAGCAUGAAGAGAUUAAAGCUAAGUCCUUCUUAGACUCAUCAAUGGGCACUUUUCAGACUGGUCAAGGUUUCCUUUGAUUUUUACUCCUCUGCCAAUAGCCCCUUAGAGUUCUGAACCCCUCAGGGUCAUAUUUAAAAAUCAGCCUGUGAUCAGGUCACCCUUAGAAAAUGAAAGGUGAUGUUAAAAAUUUCUAACUUUUAAAAACUCACUUUUUGGAGUUCCCGUCGUGGCUCAGUGGUUAACAAAUCUGACUAGGAACCAUGAGAUUGCAGGUUUGAUCCCUGGCCUUGCUCAGUGGGUUAAGGAUCCGGCGUUGCCAUGAGCUGUGGUGUGGGUUGCAGAUGUGGCUCGGAUCUGGCGUUGCUGUGGCUGUGUAGGCCAGAGGCUACAGCUCCGAUUGGACCCCUAGCCUGGGAACCUCCAUAUGCUGCGGGUGCGGCCCUAGAAAAGGCAAAAAGACAAAAACAAACUCAGUUUUUGCAUAAAGGCUAGUCCUCUCUCAACAAUUGAAACAUGCUCCUUUGGGGACUCUUCCAUGGAAAUUACCACCAUUCCAUUGGGGCCCAGAGUUCUCCAGUUUGACCUUAAAUGUCUGUGUUUAGGUAUCUUCGCCAAUAAGCCUGUUGCAGCCUUUGAGUCUCUGUUCUGUGCCCGUCCUGGUAAGCGUCUAUUUCCUGCUGUGCCCAUCCCCGUUAUUGUACCGCAGAUGCUGGCAUUUCGCUUCUAAAGCAGACCUAUUUGAGUAGCUUUCUACCUACUUCCUUCCUGCUGGCUGUCAUUUGGUAGUGUUGGAGGAGGGCUUGUCUCUAAAACUGCUCUGCUCACCAAUACAAAUUUACCUCCAAAGAAAGUUUUUCCAGUCGUGAAUACAGCCGCUUUGGACCCCCAGACAAUCUCAGCUCCUUUUCCUUCAGGCCUCCCGGAUGCUCAUGAGGCCCUGGCUCUUGGGGGAUGACCUCACUCACCCUCAUGUCCACUGAGCCUGGAAAGUCGAAAGUCUUCUCCUGCCGCUACUCCUGCGCCCCUGAAACCCGCCUCAUCCUCAUCAGACAUUUGUUUCGCAUCUGCCCGCUGACCCUCUUUGAAGUGUUAGGAGGGCUACUGAAUGGACUCUAUCAGAUCUCAUCACUGGUGUUUAACCAGAAACAAGUUUAUCCCGGAGAUCAAUGCAGCAGAGGCUAGACGGUCUCACCCCUCUAUACUGCAGUGAUAUGCACAAGGGCCGAAGAACGGGACAGACGUGGUGGCUGCUGGGCAUGUGCAAACAGUCUUUUUAAGCUGAAAAUAAACUACUCUGCUGACAUAACUGCCCACCACAGGCUCCAGAGGAGCAGUUUUAGAAUUGGAAACAUACUGGAACGGAAGAAAAGGAAACAAGAUUUGUUCUACCUGUGACAAGAGCACUGUCAGGGUGACAAGGACAACGCAAUGAGGACAGAAAGAAGAAAAGUGUAUUCAAGGAACGCUUAGCAGCUUUGUUCAAACUAGAAUCAUGAUUUGAACAGCACCAACUGGGCCCGGUAUAUGUGCCAGCAGCAGCUAAACAUUUUUAGUUUUCAUCGAAGUACCUGCUGCAUUUUUGAGUUCCCAGUUCUACGAUCUGGCUGACAAGGAUCGCUUAAGGCCUCCUUCCUUUACUUCCUGGAGAGAACUGCUGGUCAUCCUCUUGAGGCUUCCACACCACUCAGCACUGAGUGACAUGAGGCUGUCUGCCAGCGGUCACCCCAGGCACAGGGUUGUGGAGCCUCACGGGGGAGGCAGCCCACGUAGGCCUCAUGCUGGUGCAGCAGGACAGGAGGGCAGGACAUGGGCCAAAAGACUCAAGUUUAGCAAAGGCCUGCGGAGCACUGCUUUAGAGCUAGCUGUAGACGAGUGAGAAUGGGCUGAUAAAUUAGGUCUUGGUAAUAACAGUGUUUCAGUGGGAUCUGCAAGAAAAGCAUUCAACAACACUCAAGCGUGACAUCCUAGAGCAGCCCACGGGUGAGGUAAACAUAAUCCCGAUCCUGCUAGUAAAUGUUAACAGACAGGGACAUGAAAUCUUUGUAAAUUUACUGAUUUUUUAAUAUUAGCAGAAACAUUUUGUCUGUACUUAGUUCCUUAAAAUAUGUCUGAAUAGAUAAAGUUCUCCCCACUUCUC